AUGGAUGCAUCCCUGGCUUACCCUACCCAAGCCUUCCUUCGCCACUGUCGACUGCACGACAGUUACCGGUCUCGUCCUUUCCCCUUGACGGUUGAAGAGCACGUGGACUUUUGGAGUCGCACUCCUGAGAACAAGGGUUCUGAGCCCCACGGCCUCCAUAAUGGCCACUUCAAGGCAGGCGCCCUCUCGGAACUGUUGGCUUCUUGUGAUACGGCGUUUUGGGACCUUCCACUCCGUUCAGGCCAUGUUCCGGAACUCUGGAAGAACCUGAUGAACUUUGCGAUUGAGAAGAAGCCUGGCGACUUCCGCCCACAAGGGAUGCGGACCAUCCAGCUGUUCAACUCGGA